UAGCGAAUACAACUAUCAAGACUUUGAUAUAGUACUGGGAGACGGAAAUAACUUUACUUUAAGUGGUGGUUUGUAGGAUAAUUGAGUCAUUUUGUUGGAAAUAAAUUUUGGAUGCAUAUUUACCCCGAGUAAAAUUCACGAAUACCAUGUCCGUGAAAACAAACAUAUCAGAGAAAGAAUAUACCUCGAUCGAACAUCCGGGACUAAUGAAAAAUGAAUCGACGUUUUAUGAAACCUUAGGUGGGAUUCCUGAAAUACAAAAGGCUGUUUCAACAUCGUUUCGCAACCCCAAGCAUGCACUUUUGGAGCUAAAAUUACGACCUCGUGAUCAUUAUCAUCAUCCAGUACAAGCAAAAUUGAAACAAAGAAACGAUAUAUUAGUUCGAAUCAAGAAGAAUGGGGAAAUCGAUAGCGCCGGGAGGAUUCGUCACACAUUUGUUUUUCGAGACAUGGCUGAUUUUCAAUAUAGCACGGAAAAUUCUCCCUUUACAAAAAAACUAGAUGCUUCUUUGCGUACAUUGGACUUUGAUGCAAUUAGCAAAUUCAAUAUAGACUUAUCACCAGUACAACGUGAUCAUUUAGACAUGCCUCCUCCACCUCUUUUCUCACAGGUACCUCUCCCUACAUUUUAUAAUUAUCAGCAAAAUCCUCUUGUAGGACGGGUGCGUCUGCCCGAUGGUUCAACGACGAUAAUGAAUCUCAAAGGACAAUGUCGUGUAUGGAUUAUCACGGCCGAUAUGAAAGUUGAACAUGUCCCAACUAAAAAACAUCAGAAGCUUUCAGAAUCUCCGAGCAAAAUUGUUCAGGAAGUCAUCGAUGCUAUUAAACCCUUAUUUCACGACCGUCCUAUGUGGACACGUCGUGCUCUGUUAAAUCACAUUGAUCCUUCCUAUUUACAUUAUUUAAAAUUCGCGUUACCUUAUAUCUCGUACUUAUGGUCUUCAGGUCCUUUCCGCGAUACAUAUACUAUAUUCGGGUAUGACCCUAGAAAGGAUCCUAAAGCAGCCGCAUAUCAAGCUCUCUUCUUUAAAUUAAGAUUGAACAAAAAUCAGAAGGGGCACAAAACCCAUACUUUUGAUGGUAAAACACUCUAUCCUUUAAACCGUAUUUAUCAAAUUUGUGAUAUCACCGAUCCACAAAUUUCCUCUUUGCUACAAGAUUCUCCUUUACGGCCUGACUGUCACCGUGAGACAGGCUGGUAUAGAAGCGGUAGAUUCUACAAAAUCAGGGACUUGAUGCGUGAAAAGUUGUAUGCUUUGAUUGAAGGCAGACAGCCUUCAGAUGUUACUCUUGAUGCUAUUAUGAAUGCUGAAGAAGUUGAUGUUUCCGACAAGGAAACGAAUGAAGAGGAUAAAGUUACUUCAGCUAAAGAUAGUACAUUGGAACUCGAUGAUUACACGUCUUCCGAUGCUCGGGUAAAUGAACUCAUGAAAAACUUGAUGGAGAGAAGCCAGGAACAUGAAGGGUUUGAUGAGUUAUAUGAUUUCGACGAAGAUUAUGAGGAUAUAUUUGGUGAAUAAAUAAUCAAAAUACUAUCAUGCUAUUCAUGUUAAGUAAAAGGUUAUUUUAGCAAAGACCUCUCACAACUUUCGACGAUUCUGAUUGUUUACGAUCUUUUUUUUCCUAUACAUAUAUAAUUUUUUCAAAUGCUUGAAUUUAAUUGCUUAAUCCCCGUGAGAGAUUAUCUUUGCAAAAUCUUGUGAGAUACCGCGAUCUUACGUGGCGUUCUUACAUAUAUAU